UCAAAUUUAGUUUAAUUUGCUUCUCUAAACCCCACAAAAACACAACAACACGACAAGGAGCAAAAAUCUUUUGCCAAUGAGUCGCAGACAGUCAUUGGAUCGACCAGGAAUAUUGUCUCCUCCGGGUCCGUUUCUGACGCCCAGUCCAUCGCCAUCGAUCUCAGCUAGCCCUCGUCUGCAGCCAUCGCCCUCGCUAUCGCCGUUCCCACAGGAUGUGGUGCUUGUAGCCGGUGGCAAUCAAGUAAACGCCAACAGCAAUCCCCAGGAACACGAGCGCAAGGCGGCGACGCCUGGCAGGAGACAGUCCAUCCAUCAGUUCACUAAUGGCAGCCCCAACGCUGGUACCGUCGUUUUCCAGCCGAGCCCCUCCCAGUCACCGGCCGCUGCCACGACGGUCAUCGGCGUGACCAGUGGUGGCCUCAUAGCCACCGCCGCCGGAGCUGGAGCUGGAGCUGGAGCGGGUCUAAGUGGAACACUCGCAGCCGGUAGCAGUUCGGGAGUGGGAGUAGGUGUUGCCCUGCACAGUAAUGCCAUUGGAAACGAGCUGAAUGCCACGCUGGUGGGUUCCAACAACAUCCAGCUCAAUAAGAAGGGCACGAAGCGAGCUACGCAGCAGCAACAGCAGGUGCAGCAACAGUUGGGCCACCAGAUCUUCAGCAGCAGCGCCGUUGCACCCACUUCGAUCAGUAGCGCGACAGCAGUGGCAGCCGGCGGCGGAGGCUAUGGACAACUCAAUGCCACCGCCAUCAGCACUCCCACCUCGUUCGCUACGGCCGGAAGUGUGGUCAGCAGCGUCUCCAAGGGCCCGGCGAAGGGUCAGAAGGCUCAGCAACAGCAGCAGUUCCAGCACUACCAGAGCAGCAGUCCUCUGAUAGCGGACAGCCCCAUCCCGAGUCCCAGCGGCGCCAUAGCAGCGGCUGCUAUUAAGCCGCCGACACCGCAGCCACAGCCCGUGCAAAUGCUGCCCCAGCAGUUCACCAUCUCACAGCAGCCGCAGCAGCAACAGCAGGGUGCCCAGCAGGUCUUCCAGUUCAUCCAGGGACCGCAGGGUCAGCUCAUAGCCACCAGCCAGCCGCAGCAGCAGCAGCAGCAACAACAUCCGAUCCAGCAGCAGCAGCACCCGCCACAGCCUCUCCAGCAGCAGCAGCAGCAGCAGCAGGCACAUCGGUUCGUGAGCAAUGCGGGAGUCACGGGCAUGCCCACCGGCAAGAAUGGCAAGGCCCCACAGCAAAUCCUGCCCAAGCCGGAGCUCCAGCAGCAGCAGCAGCAGAAGAAGGGCUCUCAAGUUGUCGGAGGAGGGGCACAGAUCUCGCAGACAUCGCAGCAAGCAAACCAGCAGCAGACCACCAAUCCCACCCAGCAGCAGCAGAUCCUGUUGCCAGCCACCACCAGUCAGCCGCAGCAGCUGCUUCUUAAUCAGAUGCCCGUGCUGGUGCAGCAGAAUCCGCAGGGCGUGCAGCUCAUUCUGCGCCCGCCCACGCCCCAGCUGACGGCGGCACCGUCGCUAGUUAUCCAGCAGAAUGCCCGGGGACAGCCCCAACUGCAGACGCAGCCGGCGCAGCAGCAACUGCUGCGGAUAGUGGGCACGAAUGGAGCGACCAUGCAGCUGGCUGCCGCGCCCACCUUCAUUGUGUCCUCGCAGGCGAACCUCAUCCAGCAGACUGCCUCGGGCCAGUUCCAGAGCGCCAUCAAGACGGGCACGCAGCUGACGGGCCUUCAUGCGGCCCUGGCUCAGGCUCAGGCUCAAGCUCAGGCGCAGGCGCCACGAUCUCAGCCGUUUGCUACGACGGCCACAUUGAACACGCAGCUCCUCGGACCGAGCGUCGCCGCCCAGCUGCAGAACCUGCAGUUGGCGGCGGCGGCGGCCCAAAUCCAGAUGCCCAACGGUCUCACGACCAUAUCCCAGCUGCCGGCCCAUUUGCAGCAGAGUCUGGGCGGAGCCACCAUCAACCUGAACCAGCUCAACGGAGCUCAUAUCCAGCAGAUAGCCACCGCCUUUCAGACGCCCCAGGCACCUGGAGCAAACAGCUCAGGGGCUAACAGCACGGCCACGGAGCUCUUCACCCAGUCCUCGCCGGCGCAUGUGCCGCUGGCCGUUACUCCCGAGCCACUACGUCAGUCCACGCCCGUACCCAUGAUGCAGCAGCAGCACCAGCAGGCAGCGAUGGCCACGAUCCAGCUGCAGCAACAGCAGCAGCAGCAACAGCAGGCCCAGAUCCAGCAGCUGCAGCACCAGUUGCAGCAAACCCAGUCCCAGGUGCAGCAGGCCCAGCAAUCAGUCCAGGCAGCGGCAAGCGUUGCAGCAGAACCCAAGAAGAAGCCGAAGCCACGCAGAAAGAAGCAGCCGGUAACAGCAGCACCCACUGUUGCCCCCGUGGUCGCUCCCAUGGAGGUCAAUAGUGCAUGCACACCGCAGAAGAUAGCCAUCGCUGCUGCGCCCACGCAACCGCAGACCACAAUACGUUCCAAGUCACCAUCGCCGCCACCGACGCACAUACAGCGGAGCAGCAACGGCAAGCUGGACCUCGGCGAUGUGAUGAAGUUAUGCGGCAUCACGGGCAACGACGACGACGACGAAGACUACGGGAUGGGCCUGGAAACCCAUCCAGCAGAACCCGAGCCCCCCGCGCAGGCCCAAGCAACGUCCAGUGCAACAGCGACGGGCAGUGGCAGCAGCAGCGGCGACAUCAUGAUCUCCAUACCGAACCAAAACGGCAGCGAUGGCCUGCCCUUCACCCUGACCAUUCCUGCCCCGCAGACGCAGCAGCCGCCGGCGGGAAACGAAGCAGCCACCGAAAUACCAAAUAUCCUCAUCAAGAUUGAUCCCAGCGCAGAGGCAGCGGUGCCGCCGUUCGGUCUCUCCACACCGCGCUUGCCCACAGCUGAGGAGAUCCAGAAGCAGGCGCAGCAGCAUCUCGCCCAGCAGGCGGCAGCAGCCGCUGCAGCGGCGGCCAAGGCUAGCUCUGCCACGCCCACCAUCAGCAUCAGCCUGCCCAGCAUGACGCUGCAACAGCAACAGCAGCAGCAGCCCCAGGUAACGCCGACCCCCAUUAUCUCCCCUGCUCCUGCUGCCAUCCAAUCCAGUCCAGUGGCCACCACCACAACGGCAACUGUGAAGCCGAGAAGAAAGCCUGCGGUUCGAAGGAACACCAAGAAGCCGGAGCUAACGGGCACCGCCAGCACAAUGAUCUCCUCCAGCAACAGCGGCACCACCACCACCAUCACGAGCCUAAACAGCAGCAACAUCAGCAUCAGCAUGCCCACCACGGUGAAUACCAUUACCCUGACAACGCCGACUCCCACGCCCACAUCAACACCUGUGACGACGAGCAGCAGCAGCAGCAGCAAUCCCACGCUGAUGCUGAGCCACGGCACUGCGACAGCCGUGCCGAGUCAGAUUGGCAACAUUCAGAUCUCGCAGGUGCCGAAUCACCACCCGUCAUCCGCCUUGCCCGUGAGCAGUGCCGUAGAGAACAAGAUCCAGAUCAUGCCGAUCCUGCCGCCAGGAGCCACAGUUAUGGGAGGAACACCGGCCACAGGAGGAGGCCAUGCAUCCGCCACGGGUCAACAAUCAACACAACUGGUAUUCCAGCCUGCGACGCCAUCGGUGGCCCCGACGAUCAGCACGGAAUCGAGCACCGGACUGAAGCUAUCCAGCGAUGGCAGGCAAAUGCAACUGGUGGCCAUACCACAGGCCACCCCUCCGCCACCGCCACCGGUUGCUACGCCCACGUCCACGCCAACUCUGACCGCUGGCGGAGCAACGAUACUGCCGCCGCAGCUAACCGGAAUGCCCGCCAAUGUCUCGGUUUCAGUGGGAUCUCCCGCCUCGGCGGCGGCUCUGGUGCCGCAGCUUACCGGCAGUCUCACGCUCACCGUGUCGGAGCAGUGCGAAAGGCUGAUACUGCGCCACGAUCCAAACAAUCCACAGGAUCACCAGUCGCAGCUCAUCUUGCAGGCUCUGCUCAAGGGCGCCCUGCCCAACGUAACCAUCAUCAAUGAGCCGACGCGCGUGGAUCCCAGCAAGCAGCAGGCACAGCAGCAGCAGCAGCAGGUUAGCCAGAUCCCUCAGCCACAAGCAAUAGUUCAGCAGCAGCCACAGCCCCAGGCGCUGCCCAAGGUUUCAGCAGCUCCCAAGAUUGAAGUCAAAGUGGCCAACAAUAGGAAAAUGACGGGUCAAGGAGGCACACAUCCGGUCAGCAGUAGCAUGCUAGGAAUGGCCAGUGGAACGACGACGACCAUGACGACGACGAUGAAACCACCGGCCGCGCUGCCCGCCAAGCCGAACGAUGUUGUCUCCUUUCCGCAGCUGCCGCUCAACUCGCAGGUUGUUAUUCAGCAGCAGCAACAGCAGCCAUUGGUGACGGCACAAAUGCAGCCACAGCUGCAGCCUAUGACCCUGCCCGUGACACAAUCGACUACCAUCUCCGUCCCAGUGCCCGCACCUGCUCCAGCGCCCGCGCCUGCUCCCCAGCUGGCCAACAAUGGUCAGCAGCGGUACAUUGCCCUGCCACCCAUCGAUCCCAGUACCCAGCAGUUGUUCUGCCUGAAUAGCGUUACCAAUCAGAUCACGGCCAUGAGUGCGGGACAGACGGCAGCCUCGAUUGGGCCCACGGAGCGUCUGCUCAUUGCUCCGGCCGGGAUCAAUGCCCAACAGCUGGCACAGUGCCUACAGCUGGGUCAGCUCCACUUCAACGAUGUGAAUCCAUUGCCCGCUCAGCAGCAGCAGCAGCAACAUCAGCAGCAAGCGCUGGUUUCUGGCUCCACUUCUCUGACUUUGUCACUUCCAUUGCGUCCGCAACCGCCGCAGCAGCAGAUCGUGCAUCCCAUCCAGCCGAUUACGAAUGGACUGGCUAUCACUACCACGGCCAGCAGUACGCUGACAACUACCACCAGCAGCACCACCUCCACAACCACUACGGUGACCAAGCAGGUGGCCAAUGUGGCGCCAAUUAUAGACCAAAGCAAGGCCAAACUAGAGCCGGCCAAGGCGGCACCCAGUGGUGCUGGCACCGGAGCCGGUGGAGGAGCUGUGGUUAAGAAGAAACCGGUGAGAAAGCCCAAGGCAACUCUCACUAAUGCCUCGGAGUUGGCCAACUUGAAGAACGCCGGUGUGGUGAAGCCUAUGCCCAAGCUGGAUCCGUUGUCGCAGAAGCCCAACAACAAUCCCGUGCAAAUUGUGCAGCCCAAUGUGGCCAGCGGCAAGCAGAUGAUCAGCAGCCAGACAACGACCACAACCACGACCACGAUGAGCAGCAGCAUCCAGCCCUUCCAGACGACGAGCGGGACCAAGCUAGUGGGUGUGACAGUUCCGAUGCAGCAGCAACAGCAGCAGCCCACAGCAGCGAUAUUGCAACAGCAACAGCAGCAGAGGACGAGCUUCAGUCUGACAACCACAACAGUGGCCACAUCGGCGGCAUCGAUACCCUCGUCGCCCACAGUGGCUUCCGUUGUCAGUCAAUUGCAACUGCCGUCGCAGCAACUGCAACAGCAGCAGUUGCAGUUACAGUUGCAGCCCCAGCAGCAGCAGCUUCAGGUGCAGGGCCAAGCCAAGCAACAGCCGCAGCCGAACACUGUAUCCCGGGUGCAGACCAUCCAGCUGACACCGCAGAUGCAACAAGUCUUCAAGCAAGUCCAGAUGCAGAUUCAGUUCCUCACAAUCAAGCUGCAGAACAAGGCCAGCUUCAUGCCCGUGGUAGGACAGGAGAUCGAUCCGGCGACAAUUGCAGCCUACAACAAGCCGAUGACCGAUGUGGAGAUCAAUCUGGCACUGCAACGACUCUUUGCCGAGCAGCACAGGAUCUUAGCCUCCGGCAAGGAGGUUCCCACACCCGAGGGCAUGCUGCCAACGGCAAAUGGUAGUGGUGGUUUUACCCUAAUGUCGCAAUCAAUACAGCAACAUCAGCAGCAACAACAGCAACAGCAGCAGCAACAACAGCAACAGCAGCAGCAGCAACAAUUGCAGCAGCCGGCGGUCGCUGAGCCACUAAAGACCACUGCCGUUCCUGCCAAUGUGGUGCAACCUAACAAUCACUCGUCCACCACAGCCGUAGCAGGAGGCACUGCCAUUGGAGCUGCUUCAAAUGCCCAGCAGAAUAUAACCCAGAGGAUUCACAUCUAUCCCAUGCAGCACCAACAGCAGCAGCAGCAGCAGGUGGCCAAUAAGCAGAAGCAGGCUCAGCCUCCAAAAGCCCAACAGCAGGAGCUGCAGCAGCUGCCGCCGCAACUGCAAAUAAAACCCAAAGAAACAGUUAACCGAAUUAAAGCCAACAAUCCACAGAUGCAACAAAACCAGCAGCAGCAGCAGUCAAACGGAACCCUCAAUAUGUUGCCACAAAAAAUGAAUAUGCUGCCCGUUGUCCAGCAACAACAACAGCAGCAACAGCAACAAGCUCAACAGCCAGUGCUUAACAAGAGUGGACCGCCACCACUGAUCUUUGCCAGCUCCACAAAUCUGCUAAACAGCAGCAGCAGUAGCAGCAGCAAUGCUCCUCCGCUCACUAGCAAUGCUGUAAUGCAGGGAAACUCCAUGUUGCCCAUUCCGCCACUGCAGCCCCAGCAACAACAACAGCAACAUCAGCAGCAACAGCAAAAUCAGCAGCAUCAGCAUCAGCAACAGCAGCAACAACAGCAGCAGCAUCAGCAACAGCAGCAGGCGCCAGCGAUACAGUUGCAGCAGCAACUUACGCCCAUCUUGCCACCUGUGACGUUACCAGGAGGAGCGUUGGGAAGCCUAGUCCCCUCGCUACCAACUAUAAUGCCGAGCCUGCCCCUCUACAGUCUGCCAAGCAAACUGGAUGAAAUGCCCACGCAGAAACCUAAAAUUGCACGCCUCUCCUUAUUCGUCCGCCAGCUGGAGGUCGAUCAGGAGAGCUGUCUGAAGCCGGACUAUGUAAAGCCCUUCCGCACCAAGGAUGAGGCGGUGAAAAGGCUGAUAAGGUACCAUUGCAUGCACGAAAACGAUGUGGAGCUGCCCUCGGAUGAGGAUGAGGAGUUUGAGGCCACCGCCUUGGGAUUUCAGGAUAAGUUCCGUCAGCUGAACGGUAAAUUCCAGGAGAUACUCAUGCAAGAGUCAACUCUGCCACAUCGCACCUCGGAGCUAGUGCAGAUGCAGCAUCUGAUGAUAGACGAUCUGAAGGGCGAGAUCAAUGACAUUCGCACAGCUGAGAAGGAGCUGGAGCUCGAGCUAGAGCAGCAGCAACAGCAGCUGAAGAAGGAGGAAGAGCAUACGAACAGCGAAAAGGUUGAUCUUCAAACUGAGUCCAAGGUCAAGGAUGAGAUUGUGAAGCAGGAACCAGAGCCAGAAGCCGUGGUGGAUAAGUUUGAUUUGCUAAAGAACAGUGCUGAUGUCAACAAAGCCUUCAACAAGCAAUCGCAGCAGCAAUCAUCUGUCAAGGUGGAGGAAAGUAGCGAAGCAGCUGGAGAGCAGCCUGUUAAGAGUGAAGGAGGCCAGGAUAAGGAAGCCGCGAGAUAUAUCAAGAAGGACUACGACAACUUCGACAUCGAGUCCGAGCUCACCACCAGCUUUAUUAUGAAGAAGGUGGAAAGCAAAGCGGCGGCGGCCACCAAGAGUACUGAGAAUAGCUACCAGGAACCGCUGCAGCAGCCGCAGCAACAGCAACAACAUAUCAAGGGCAAUGGCUUAGUGGAUCCAGUGGAUCAAGAUGAUGGCUGGUAUUGCCUGCAAAAGGAGCUCAAUCUGAUGAAUAACGAGCCCAUGCAGCAGCUUAAUGGCAACCAGCCACACCUGCCUAUCCACCGCCAACAGUCACAGCCGCAGCACCAUCAGCACCCACACUUUCUUGACAGCUCCAGUUCCAACAACAACAUGAUGAACAACAGCAGCAACCACAUGGCGGAUCUGUUUCCUAACGGCUGCAUCGACAAGAGCAACCAGAGCAGCACAAGCAGCAGUAGCAAUAGUAGCUGUGCGAGUGGAAAUCCAGCCAAAAAUAACCACUCCUGCAGUGGACAGCGCGAGCAACCACCAGUGGUCAUGGACGCGGAGCAGCAGAACCAAAACCAGCAUCCAGCCAUCAGCGAAUUCUUCAGCAGCGAUUCUGAUGUGCAAAAGUCGGUGGAGACGCGUCUGGAGGCCAUGUUUGGAGAGUCGCCCGUCCAUUUGGAUGUGAAGAGCAGCAGCGAUGCCCAUGACAUUGAGUCCAAUUUGGACGAAAUCUUUGGUGACUCGAAAUCGCCUGUGGUAAACCAUAAGAACAAAUUGGGAAUGUGGGUGCCCGAUGCCACGUUCAUGCAGCAACAGGCGCCUCCACAGCAGCAGCAAUAUGCAGCAGCGACCCAGCAAGCACCACAGCAACAGCAGCAACAUCACAUCGAACUGAACUGCAAUAACAAUCCCCGUUGGAUGCAGAGCAUGGAGGCGCACUAUAGCGACUUCUUAUCCAGUGGCACGAGCAACGGCGGCGAGCUGGUGAAUGGCGUUGGAGAGUCGCGGAAGCGGAGCUGGGAUAGCCAACUAAUGGGGUCCGGCAGCGAUAUGGACGACGACAACAGCAACAGCAAGCGGCUGUGCACAGCCUCAUCGUCCUCCUCGUCAUCACCCAUGUCCUCGCAACAGCAGCACGUCCAGGUGCAGCAGCACGGACUCUUGGAUGCAUCGGACAUGCUGCCCACUGGCUUCCCGCAGAUGUUGAUGGAGCAACAGCAACAGCAGCAGCAACAUGGCUUUGCCUAUGGAAACAUGUUGGACACGCAGCAGCAGCAGCAGCACUUUCAACACAAUAUGCAGCAGCAGCAAAUGCAACAGCAGCAGCAACAGCAGAUGCACGUGGGCCACAUGGGUGGAGCAGCAGUGGCCGGCGGUGGCGAGUACGAUGACGACAUCAGUCGGCAUGUGGCCAGCGCCAUUGACAGCAUCCUGAACCUGCAGAACAGCGGUGACUCCUUGCAAUUCUCCUUGGGCUCAAUUCUCGGCGACAGCAUGCUAGACGAUCAGCGGCAGGCCGCCGCCAAUCUGCCAAGCUGCCAGCAAGAGCAAGUGCAUCAUCAGCGACGCCGACAGCUAGGCGAGGAGAUGAACGAUUGUCUGAUCAGUGGUGGUGGUGGCUCUGUCGGCGGUGUGGCGGACAACAACAGCAGCAACAUUUUGCUGGAGCAUCACCAUCACCAGCAGCAGCAGCAGCAUCAGAUGCAGAUGCAACAGGGCCACCACCACCAGCAGCAGUCGCACCUGCAGCACCAUCACCACAGCCACGGCCAUCCGAGCAUGGCUCAGCAGGCCCAGGCGCAGCAUCUGGGGCAGCUGAACGACUUUAGUUGCGUGGCCGGCGGCGGUCUGGACGAUCCGGUCAAAUCGAUCAUGACCUCCUGACUUGGAGCCUUGCCAGCAACGGCAGCAGCAGCGGAAAAUGCAUCCUCAAACAGUCUGAUACUAGAGUUUAAUGCCACGACCUUAUGAAGAGCAUUAGAUAGCAGCAGUGACUUCCUGAUUGUAUAAAGAUAGAGAGAGACCCCGUUUUAGUUGUCCUUUUGGUUAUUGUUUGUCCCCUUCCGAGCCUAGAUAUAAGUUAAAAUCGUAGCAUAAAUUGUUUUAACACCCAUUUGUUUUAUAUACUUUAGUCCAAUGUGUUUUGUACAAUAUUUUAACGAAAGCCCUCACAAUACGACGAAUUACUUAAAGCGAAUGAACGCGCAGAUAGGAGAGACAGAGUCCCAAAAUAAAGCCAAGAAAGCAAUUGAUGUGAAUUGAAAACUAAA